UAGAAACAUUAUUUAGAAAGAGGAGCAAGGAGGAGGGUAUAGAAGAGAAAGAAGAUUGGGGUUGAGUUGAGGAUUAGGGUUAGGCUUAGGGUUUGAUCGCACGCAAUGGCUGGCACCGGCAUCCAUCCAUACCAUCAGCAAUGGCCCCCAGCGGCCGCGGCUCCUCCUCCGCCACCUCCAGCGGCCGCGACCGCACCUCCUCACGCCGGCGAUGAGGUUCGAACGAUAUUCAUAACUGGUCUUCCCGAAGAUGUGAAAGAGAGGGAACUUCAGAAUCUGCUGAGAUGGUUACCCGGCUUUGAAGCUUCUCAGUUGAAUUUUAAAGCGGAAAAGCCAAUGGGUUUCGCUCUGUUCACCGCUCCGCACCAAGCACUCGCGGCCAAAGAUAUUCUCCAGGACAUGCUCUUCGAUCCCGAUACCAAGUCCGUCCUCCACACUGAGAUGGCCAAAAAAAAUCUCUUCGUGAAAAGGGGAAUUGGAGCUGAUGCUGGUGCUUUUGAUCAAAGUAAACGAUUAAGAACGGCUGGUGAUUAUACACAUACUGCUUAUACAUCUCCAUCUCCUUUUCAUCCUCCCCCGCCACCUGUUUGGGGGCCGCAUGGAUACAUGGCUCCGCCACCACCUCCUCCAUAUGAUCCAUAUGCGGGCUAUCCGGUUGCACCUGUACCAAUGCCUACUCCUGCUCCCAUAGCAGCGCCUAGUAGUUAUGUUCCAGUUCAGAACACAAAAGAUAACCCUCCUUGCAACACCCUGUUUAUUGGGAACUUGGGAGAGAACAUAAAUGAGGAAGAAGUAAGGGGCCUUUUCAGUGUACAACCUGGUUUUAAGCAAAUGAAGAUUUUGAGACAGGAGAGGCAUACAGUUUGCUUCAUUGAGUUUGAAGACGUGAAUAGUGCUACCAAUGUGCACCAUAACCUGCAGGGUGCUGUUAUCCCAAGUUCUGGCUCCGUUGGCAUGCGGAUACAAUAUUCAAAAAAUCCAUUUGGAAAAAGGAAAGAUAAUAUUCCUAUUGCUGUUCCCACUGCUAAUGGAGCUCCACCAACAAUGACUUAUCAGUAGCUUGAAGGGGAUGUAAUCUGUUCUUUAUGCUCCGACAAAUAUUACCACAUAAUAGGAUGCAUCUUGCUGCUGUCACAUGCAUCCAUUGAUCAUCAAGUCAUCGCCAUUAGCAUCCUUGCUCAUGUGAAUGAAUGCACAGUGGCAUCAUAUACAUACAUUUGGCUAUGUUAUACUAAUCGGACAUGCAUUUCUUGGCAACAUGUGUUGAUUCCCAGAUUACUUUUUAUAGGUUUAGAUGGUAUUAUCACCUGUAGAAUUGAUGCAUGGGUCUAAAUUUUGUUUAAAUUGUGUGCUUUAUGGUCAUAUAUACAUUCUGUGUACAUUGGCAUUAGGAAUGCUUAUUCCAUCAGGCUUUUGGCUUCUAUUUUCUAACUUUAGGUUCAUUUGGUGCUUAUUUGACAUGACAUCUUGUGCUGAUACUUUUAUUACAUAUCACGACCUGGCUAGGAUCUGGAGAAAUAAGGAUGUCAUAGCAAUGGUCAUGCUACCCUUUCCACUAUCAUAUUACCAUUUUCAUUACACCAUAUUUAAUAUUUUUCCCAUUCAAUCCGUCAUUCAUGACUCCAUUUAAUCAGAGCAUUGGUGUUGAUGCUUGGAUAUUCAAGCUAUUGAGACCUAUUUAAAGGAAAUCCGCGGAGUCAUAUAUUCUCUGAUUUAUACAGGAUUUCAAUACGAGAAAAUAAUGGGAGAUCCAUUACUGCUGCUGCCAUAUCAUUGCAGGUAAUCUUUGUUGGCUUUGGUGAACGACAAUCAAAUUAGGUUGCAACUUCUGUCGAUUAUCAAGUGAAGCCGCCCCCUUUGAGUUAUACUCAUUAAACAGUUAACUGACUUAUUUUGUCCUCUACAUGCUAAUUCUUUGCUAGUUUUCAAAAUCUAUUGUAGCAAAAGUUUAAUUUGUGUAACAGAAGAAACUGAUAGGUCAAGAAUAAAUACCGAGGAAUAUGGACUAAUGGGUGUAGAAUUCUCACCCUUAUUUAUGAACAGUGGUCCAAGUUUUGCAAUGAAAAUUGCAACUUCGGAGUUGAGUUUCAAA